AUGAUUACGAGCCCAGCAAGUACAGGGGCGGGAAUGCUAUUAAAAUCGAAUAUAUUCGAUUAUAAUGAGUUAAUUAUCGAACUGACUGAUUUAGUAAUUAAUGCUUCUUGUGUUCGAAUCGCUGCAUUGACUUCUAAAGCUCGUAGUAUCAAAAGCGAAUGCGCUUUGCAAGAAUCUACUGUAUUCGGUGUCACGACUCUUUGGACAAGUACAGUGUUUGGCCAGCAAAUGAAUGUGGCGAACACAUUUUCUGUUACCUCAAUUGACUUUGUGACGAUCUUAUCAUCGUUCUCGAAGCCUUCAUUGAUUCAACCAUUGAAUGAGAAACGAUUCUAA